AUGGAGGGCCUUCCUGCAGGAUACUCGCAGAGCGACAUCAUGGCCGCGCUGGCUGCGGCCUCGCAGCGUCCCAAGCCGCCCACCUCGUCGUUCGCCGACCAUUCCAAACACGACCUCACUGUGUCCGGCAGCUUUGAUGGCGUUCCAAUCAACGCGCGCCGCCUCGUCUGUCCGCGCGACGGGUGUGGAUGUGUUAUUGUUGGGCCCAAGGUUGCGUCGUGGGAGGAGUGUGAGGGUGCAAUUCUUCCACACGACGCCACGCCAUUCCCUCCACCGGGCAACACGGCAUACUGGCGCGUCGACGGCGGACCAUACGCGUUCGACAAUAUCGGCUUCUCGCGCAAUGUCGAUGCGACGCUGCCAGCCGGUGCACCAGGGGCCGGAGGGAAAGUCAAGUGGCUGAUUUGUGCCGAGUGUGACAUCGGGCCGAUCGGGUGGACCACCGAGGGCGGGCAGAGCUCGUGGGUCGCCGCCGACAGGGUGAGGUACGGCGAGGCUCCAACGCCGACUAGCAAGUGA